UCUUCACUUCAAAAAUUCUUCCCUUGUCCUUUCACUUAUCUCCCUCCAUCACCACCCCUACCACAAACUCUCCAUCUCCAGCUUUCUCUCUCUACAAACAACCACACUUUCUCUCUCUAAAUCACACUGUCACAGACUAAUUAUACAUAAACUACUCCUCUUCUGCCAUGGCGGUGGCAGAGCUAUCAUCACGUGCAGCACUGACUCCAUACACACAAACAAGAACUGGACUCAGUAACUCUUCGUCUCAGCUCUCAUACUCAUCGUCUUGCCAUCUUUCUCUUCGUCUUCGUCGCUCUUUUCGGCCUCUUCGACAAAUUAUUAGUCCUAUCACUUGCUCUGUCAAUCAAGUUGAAGCUCGAGUUGCUGAAGAGACUAAAGAACAGUCCACGGAUAAGUCUGAGUGCUUUGGUGUUUUUUGCCAAACAUAUGAUCUUUUUGCUGAAGAAGAGACAAAGAAAUGGAAGAAACUAAUCAAUAUAGCUGUUUCUGGUGCUGCUGGAAUGAUUUCCAAUCAUCUACUUUUCAAACUUGCGUCUGGUGAGGUUUUCGGGCCAGACCAGCCAAUUGCAUUGAAACUAAUGGGAUCUGAAAGAUCAUUACAAGCCCUUGAAGGAGUCGCCAUGGAGCUUGAGGAUUCUUUGUAUCCCCUAUUGAGGGAGGUGAGCAUAGGAAUAAAUCCUUAUGAGGUUUUCCAAGAUGCGGAAUGGGCUCUGCUGAUUGGAGCAAAGCCUCGAGGACCUGGUGUGGAGCGAGCUGACCUAUUAGAUAUUAACGGACAGAUUUUUGCAGAACAGGGGAAAGCUCUGAAUUCCGUUGCAUCUCGCAAUGUUAAAGUGAUCGUAGUGGGCAACCCUUGUAACACCAAUGCUCUAAUUUGUUUGAAAAAUGCACCAAAUAUACCUGCUAAGAAUUUUCAUGCUUUGACUAGACUAGAUGAGAACAGGGCAAAAUGCCAGCUCGCUUUAAAAGCUGGUGUUUUCUAUGAUAAAGUAUCGAAUAUGACCAUAUGGGGAAAUCACUCAACCACUCAGGUUCCGGACUUCCUAAAUGCGAAAAUCAACGGAUUACCCGUCAAAGACGUCAUCACAGAUCACAAGUGGUUAGAAGAAGAGUUUACUGAGAAGAUCCAGAAGCGAGGUGGGGAUCUUAUUAAGAAAUGGGGACGAUCAUCAGCUGCGUCGACUGCUGUGUCCAUUGCUGAUGCCAUGAAAUCCCUAGUAAAUCCCACCCCAGAGGGUGAUUGGUUUUCUUCUGGAGUCUACACUAAAGGAAAUCCGUAUGGGAUAUCAGAGGAUUUAGUUUUCAGCAUGCCGUGCAGAUCGAAAGGAGAUGGUGAUUAUGAACUUGUCAAGGAUGUCAUAUUUGAUGAUUACCUUCUGAAGAAAAUCGCCAAGACUGAAGCUGAAUUGGUUGCUGAGAAGCGCUGCGUUGCCCACCUUACUGGAGAGGGUAUUGCCUUCUGUGAUUUACCGGAAGACACGAUGCUGCCAGGAGAAAUGUAGUAUCCGAGCAGACACAGCUGCUCUUCUUUUGGAAUUCUUCUGCAGCUAGUAGCUACUAAAUGAAACUGCUGGAUUAUAAGUACAGACAUAAUGAUUUGUUAUGAAGAAUAAUAGAGCUGGUAUUAGUGAUAUGUCAAUCCUAAACAUGUAAUGAAUUUUGAUUAAUUGGUCCGCAAAGGGGCUGGUGUAAUUAUGAUUCCUUCUUUCCUUUCUUUGCCUAAUGUUAUGUAUAUUACACUC